AUGGGCGCGGCGCAUCCGGAUAUCCGUUCGGAUUCGGAUAUCCGCUCACCAUUUCAGCGGAAUCGGACAUCCGCAUCCACAUCCGCAUCCGCAGGCGGAUACCCGCUGGCGCUAGCGGCCGGUGAUGAGCCAACCAAACCCAGUCAGAUUGAAUAUCUGACCUUCCAAGAUGAACUCGAACUGGUGACCUUCCAACUCUCCAAGAUCUCUCAACUCUGUCGGGCUUUGAUCUUCAACUUCUCCGAGACCGUCGAGGCCACCGUGAUUAGCUACUUGAAAUGCUUCUACCUCAGGAACACCUGCAUGGAUUAUCAUCCCGAAAAUAUCAUGCUUACUUGUCUCUUUUUGGCCACCAAGACUGAGAACACCUCGAUCUCGAUCGACAGCUUUGCCUCCCGGAUCCCAAAGACGACCAACGGGGAUGUCCUGGCGCUCGAGUUCCUGGUCACCCAGUUGCUCAAGUUCCAGUUCAAAGUCCAUCAUGCCCAUCUGGCAGCGCGGGGGAUCUAUCUGGACCUACAGGCCUGUCCAGGCGUAGGUCCGCUUGGCCUCGAGCAACUCUCCCAGGCCUGGCCCGAGGUUUGCGCUCUGCUUCGGACGGGCAGACUGACGGAUGCCGAGUUCCUCUGGACGCCCAGUCAGAUCGCCUGUGCGGCCUGGUGGGUUGCCGAUCGGUCGGCCACCGAGGCCUGGCUCAAAGCCAAGGCCGACCGUCUCCAACCGUCUUCAAACCAGUCUUCUACUUACAUCCCCUCAAGCUUGGGCUUCGAUCCACUCACCCAAUACCUUCAAACACUCUCCGAACUCCUCAUCCAGGCUCAGCGUAAACCCAUCGAUAAAGAUCGCGUUACCGCAGUCGAUCGGAGACUCCGCUUCUGUCGUAACCCUGAGAAAGACCCUAAUAGCGCACUCUUUAAGAUCAAACAGGCCGAACUCGAACAUGCUCAUCUCGCUAAACAUCAUCAGAAAUAUCCCCCUAAUUCUAAUCAAGACCCGUUCUCUUGA